UGUUCGCCGGAGCGAGUCGCUCGGAGCGGGGCGGAGUGAGAGGCGAAGAAGGGCGGUGGCGACCGAGCCGGGCAGAGCAGCCAUGGAGGUGGUGAACAUGAGGGAGCAGCCCAUCAAGGUGACGGAAUGGCAGCAGACUUACACUUACGACUCGGGGAUCCACUCUGGGGUGAACACCCAGGUGCCGUCGAUCAGCAGCAAAUGCUUGGUGGAUGAUGAUGAUCUCUACGGCAAGCAAUACACCAUUAAGAAAACCACCACCUAUAGCCAGGCUGGAGCGCCACAAGCCCAAGCUCAGGCCGAUUUAGAGUCUCAGCUUGCCAUGACCCGUGCCCAGCGCAUCCGUGCUGCCAUGUACCCAGAGACUGUGGAGGAUCGCUCCCUUCUCAUCAGCACACAAGUUGAAGGGCAGCAGACAAAUGUGCAGCGGCUGGCAGAACCCUCGCAGAUGCUCAAGUCGGCCAUUGUGCAUCUUAUCAACUACCAGGACGAUGCCGAACUGGCCACCCGUGCCAUCCCUGAGCUCACCAAACUCUUGAACGAUGAGGAUCCGGUGGUGGUUAGCAAAGCCGCCAUGAUUGUGAACCAGCUCUCCAAGAAGGAGGCGUCGCGCCGUGCUUUGAUGCAGUCUCCUCAGAUCGUGGCUGCUGUCGUGCGCACCAUGCAAAACACCAGCGACCUGGAUACUGCCCGCUGCACCACCAGCAUCCUCCACAACCUGUCCCACCACCGCGAGGGGCUGUUGUCCAUCUUUAAGUCUGGGGGAAUUCCAGCUCUGGUGCGAAUGCUCAGCUCUCCCGUGGAGUCUGUCUUGUUCUAUGCCAUCACCACCCUUCACAACCUGCUGCUGUACCAGGAAGGUGCCAAGAUGGCUGUGCGGCUGGCUGAUGGGCUCCAGAAGAUGGUCCCCCUGCUGACCAAGAACAACCCCAAGUUCCUGGCCAUCACCACCGAUUGCCUGCAGUUGCUUGCCUAUGGGAACCAGGAGAGCAAGCUUAUUAUUUUGGCCAACGGUGGCCCCCAAGCCCUUGUCCAAAUUAUGCGCAGUUACACAUACGAGAAAUUGCUGUGGACUACCAGCCGCGUCCUCAAGGUUUUGUCUGUCUGUCCCAGCAACAAGCCAGCCAUUGUGGAAGCUGGUGGCAUGCAAGCCCUAGGGAAGCACCUGACCAGCUCUAGUCCAAGACUGGUCCAGAACUGUCUGUGGACUCUGAGGAACCUCUCAGACGUGGCCACAAAACAGGAGGGCCUCGAUGGGGUCUUGAAGAUCCUGGUCAACCAGCUGAGCUCCGAUGACAUCAACGUGCUGACAUGUGCCACUGGCACCCUCUCCAAUCUAACCUGCAACAACAGCAAGAACAAGACCCUGGUGACUCAGUCCAAUGGUGUGGAGGCCCUAAUACACACCAUCCUCCGGGCAGGAGACAAAGAGGACAUCACUGAGCCUGCCGUCUGUGCCCUGAGGCACCUCACCAGCCGGCACCCAGAAGCUGAGAUGGCCCAGAACUCUGUGCGGCUCAACUAUGGCAUCCCUGCCAUUGUUAAACUGCUUAACCAACCCAACCAGUGGCCAUUGAUCAAGGCUACCAUUGGCCUUAUCCGCAACCUGGCUUUGUGUCCCGCCAACCACGCCCCCUUGCAGGAAGCUGCUGUCAUCCCACGCCUGGUCCAGCUGUUGGUAAAGGCUCAUCAAGACGCCCAACGCCAUGCAGCUGCUGGCACACAGCAACCAUACACGGAUGGAGUGAAAAUGGAAGAGAUCGUGGAAGGCUCCACAGGCGCAUUGCACAUUUUGGCUCGUGACCCUAUGAACCGCAUGGAAAUCUUCCGUCUGAACACUAUUCCGCUCUUUGUGCAGCUCCUGUAUUCUCCAGUAGAAAACAUCCAGCGUGUGGCGGCUGGUGUGCUGUGCGAACUGGCCCAGGACAAGGAGGCGGCCGAUGCCAUUGAUGCAGAGGGUGCCUCGGCCCCACUGAUGGAGCUUCUGCACUCCCGGAAUGAAGGCACAGCCACAUACGCAGCGGCUGUGCUAUUCCGCAUCUCAGAAGACAAAAACCCCGAUUAUCGGAAACGCGUUUCUGUGGAACUGACCAAUUCACUCUUCAAACACGACCCUGCUGCCUGGGAAGCUGCCCAAAGCAUGAUACCCAUUCAUGAGCCGUAUGCAGAUGAACUGGACGGAGGCUAUCGUGCCAUGUAUCCUGGGGAUGACCCCAUGGACAUGCACCUGGAUAUGGAUGGCGAGUACCCUAUGGACGCAUACAGUGAUGGUGUGCGAGCGCCCUUCACGGACCACAUGCUUGCCUAAUGCACUCCUUGGGAUAGGUUAAGGUGUUUUCUCAACACAGAAGAGGGCAGCCCCAGUGCUCGAGUCCGGGGCACUUGGGGGACAGAAGUGCCUGAGAAAGACAACGGACUCUUCCUUUCCCUGUGAAGAGGUUUUAUUUUCUAAAAAACGAAACAUUUUUCUCUCCUGUGGGCCUGUGGGAAAGGUGCCCCCACCUGCAUAUCCAGGAUCGUUUCUAACAACCUUUAAAUACCUUUUUACCAGCAGUCAUCACCCCCCCCCCACUGUCCCCUUAUCCUCUGCUUCCAUCUUUAGUCAAACUUCCUUUUUCUCCACAUCUAGCUUUCCUAAAAUUUGGAUGGCAUUCUCCAACUGCUGUAGGAGCUUCAUAAGAGUAUUUUAUUUUUCAAAUAAAUACAUAUUAAUCCCCCCCAUAUGUGUAGUGCAAGAUCAACUUUUUACCAUAUGGUUUUUUCUUCCAUGUUUGCACUUCUAGUUCUUGCUAAUUAAGAAGUGGAAAAAAAUAGAAAUGUUGCUAAUUCUGCCCUCUCCUCCAUCCCUUUUGCCUUUUACUUUAAGGACAGCUGAUGGGGGUGUGAGAUUACCUGACAAUGUACAUUUCCCAUUUUUUAGUACCCAACAAUGCCCCAAUCAGAGAGUCUCUUAAACUCUCCCACAAAAAACAUUUCCCCUCUAUCUGUUUCUCUCAGAAAGCGUAUUUCUACUGACCAUUUCUUGCACAUUUUAAAAACUUGACUCCUUCUCUUUCUUUCCUCCCCGACUUUCCUGGUGAUUGGCAUGUUUUCUCUCUCCCCGAUGUCCAGCCCUCUCUCACUCUUCUAAUGCAUUUUUAAAAGCGGCUCUCUCAAUGUGAUGGCUUGAGGCUUCCACUGGAAAAGGGAUCGAUGUAGCUGCAAAUGUACUUCAGAAAGUUUUAUUAUUAUUUCUCUAAGGGUUUUUUUGUAUAGACCAAAGCUAAAAAAACAAAUAAAAACUUAAACCCAA